AUGACUAACGGCGAUGGUGCGUCAGGAGCGGUAGACAGCGCCGGCGGCGCCAUCACGGCAGAGCGCGCGCCGAAUUUUGCUGAGCCCAGUGCGGGGGACGAGCAGGGUCGCCGCCGCGAGCUUCUUACUAAGAAAGAUACAGAGACUCGAAGAAGCAGAGCUGCGAGACUGAACGUCCGGGAAAGCUUGAGGAAUGCAAUCGUUUGGGCUAUUGAUCCAACAGCUGCAAAGUGCAACUCCAAGUAG